UAUUAAUUGUACAUUACAUACUACCUUCGCUCAAAGUAAUAUUAUUCUCAUUCUGUGCAUACUACGUUAUUGAAUCAGUAACCUAAGCUUAUUAACUGCAAUUCAUAUCUACCCCUAAAUAAUUAUAAAUAAAGUAGGUACAUUUUCUAUAAUAAAGUUCGUAAUAAUGAGUACCGCGGAAUUAAACUCAUCUCAGCGGAAAAGCAAGUACAUUAGUAUGUACGAAACUGUAACUGCUCUAGAAGAUCAAAAUGCGAGCAAUCAAGAAUGUCUAGAUGUUACACACAAAGUUGUGAAAGAGGCAAAGCAACUGGUCCAGGAAGGAGGUGUUGACCAUCGCAGCAAACAUCCUGGUGAGGGAUUGCUGGACGCUCGGGUCCUCCACGCAUCUUCGAAUCUAGCGAAGAUGUGUCUCGAGACAGUUGAUGUGAACAUGCAUUUAUACGACAAGAACCAAUUAGCACAGCACAUUAAAAAUAAACCUGAUUUCUGGGAUUUCACGUAUCCGUUAGAAGUACCAGCGGUUUCGUAUUUAUAUGGCGCCGGGACGUUACAAGUCAGCUUACCAUCAAGUACACGGUCUAGUCAAUCGAGAUCCCGGGUCGUAGUGCAACACGCCCAGAUGAGGGUUCCAAAAAAUGUGGACAAAGUUGAACAGAUCGAGAACGGCCCAGAACUUGUGAGCAGAGUCGAUCACUUCAUCAAGAAGCAAUAUAAGCUGAACGGUCGCCGUCCGCUGAGCUAUUACAGCGUGGUCCUCGAUCCGGAUUCGUUCAGCAAGACCGUCGAGAACAUAUACUACGUGUCGUUUCUUGUGCACGACGGCUUGGUGGCUGUCGAAUUAGAUGAAACUUACGGUCUCCCGUUCAUAUCGCCACGCGAAGCGCCCAGGGACAACGACGGCGCUCUUCACGACAACCAAAUGAUCAUGUCAAUAGAUAUGAAAAUGUGGAAGGAAUUAAUCGAAGUAUUUCAGAUCAGUAAGCCGCUGAUGGUGAUCAAGAGGCUGUGAAGAUGACGUCUCCGUAAAGUUUGUACGUGGAUUGUACAGUAAUUCCCUCUAUAACACGGUAUAUUGGUGCCGCGUUAUAGGAAACGCGUUUUAGUAGUAUUAUCGCAUAACGCGAUUGCCCGCGUGACCCCAUAUAACGCGGUAUAUACAAAUAUAAUAUAUAUACAUA